AUGUCAGCACAAGUACAAGCACAAGUUCAAGCUAUACAAGAACAAAUCAUUAAAGCAAGAGAAGAGUUUCAAACUCAUGAAAAAGAAUUACAAAAGAUAGCACAAGCUAGAACAACAUUAUUGACACAACAAAAUGAGAAUGAACUUGUAAAGAAAGAAUUUGAUUUGUUGGAUAGUGAAGCUAAUAUCUACAAGUUGAUAGGUCCUGUAUUAUUUAAACAAUCAAAAACAGAAGCUGAAACAACUAUUGCUGCUCGUUUAGAUCUAAUUACAAAGAAUUUGAAACAAGUAGAAACAAACUAUAAAGAUACAGAAAAGAAAGCACUUGAUCAAAGAAAUAAGAUUUUUGAAUUACAAAACAAGAUAAAGACAAUUGCUGCUCAAGUUCAACAACAACAACAACAACAGCAACAACAACAACAACAACAAUAA